CGAGAGAAAUGCAUAAAUUCCGUAUCUCAACCUUCCAUUAACAACAUUACUUCCUUCUAUAGACUGCAAAUUAUCAAAGAUUCGUUCCCCUUUCUCAAAACUGGGGAAUGCAUAUAAAAUAAAUAAUUAUUAUUAUUUUUUAUUUUUAUUAUUAUUAUUAUUUCCAUAUUUCUUUCCUGCCAUCUUCGCUAUAUAAGCAGAGGAACUGGAAUUUGGAGUUUCUGCACAGAGGCAAGAAAAUUUAAAAAAAAAAAAAAAAGAUUGAAUUUUUGUUCUUGUGUAUCAUGGGUUUGCGAGGAUACUUUAUGAUUUUUUUAUUUUCUGUCUUUUUCAUCCUCUCAGAUAACUUCCCUGCUUCAUUAUCUUCAUCUCACCAGCAGGUUCACAAUUCAAGUUCAUCAGGCUUUCAUGCCAGCCGAGAAACUCCAGAGGCGGUGGUCGGCGAAGAAAAUCCGGAGGCUGUGCGACUUCAAUUUCAAGAUAACUAUGUGGUGGUGGAUAAUGGGUUCAUGCAGCUCACAAUUUCAAACCCAGAAGGAAUCGUCACUGGAAUACAGUACAACGGAAUCAGCAAUUUGCUUGAAGUUCUUAACGAUGAAAAUGACAGAGGAAUUUGUUUAUGCAGAUACUGGGAUCUCGUAUGGAGUGACGAAACAACUACUCGGAAAAAGGGCAAUUUUGACAGGAUGGAAGGAACAAGUUUUAAGGUAAUACAACAAAAUGAGAAACAAAUAGAACUCUCAUUCACAAGAACAUGGAAUUCCUCCCUACAUGGAAAGGUCGUUCCAUUGAACAUUGACAAAAGGUUUGUGGUACUUGGUGGUACGUCAGGCUUCUACACAUACGCCAUUUAUGAGCACUUGAAGGAGUGGCCUGCUUUCGAUCUUGAUAAUACCAGGAUUGUUUUCAAGCUUAGAAACGACAAGUUUCACUAUAUGGCCAUAGCGGAUGACAGGCAAAGAUACAUGCCGUUACCUGAAGACCGGCGGGAGGGCAGAGGCCAAGUUCUAGCCUAUCCAGAGGCUGUCUUGCUCGUUAAUCCUGUUGAACCUCAAUUUAAAGGAGAGGUAGAUGACAAAUAUCAAUACUCAUGUGAGAGUAGGAACAACGGAGUUCACGGGUGGAUCUGCGAUGACCCUGCCGUGGGUUUCUGGCUAAUUACUCCAAGUUACGAGUUUAGGUCUGGUGGGCCCCUCAAGCAAUUUCUUACCUCUCAUGUGGGCCCAACAACUCUUUCGGUAUUGCACAGCACUCAUUAUUUGGGAGCAGACAUGAUAGCAAAAUUUGUAGCCAAUGAGCCAUGGAAGAAAGUAUAUGGCCCUGUUUUUGUCUAUCUUAAUUCACUGUUGGACCAUGGUGACCCUCUUUCCCUUUGGCAGGACGCUCAGAAACAGAUGAUGAAUGAAGUUCAACGCUGGCCCUACGAUUUCCUUGCUUCCCAAGAUUUUCCACCAUCAGAUCAACGGGGUAAAGUCAGUGGCAGGCUACUAGUCAAAGAUAGGUACGUCAGCGAUGGGAACAUUUCUGCGGAUGGAGCUUACGUGGGGCUGGCAUCUCCUGGAGAUGCUGGCUCCUGGCAAUUAGAAGCUAAGGGUUACCAGUUCUGGACUGAGACAGACAAAGACGGGCAGUUCACAAUCAAUAAUAUAAGGCCUGGUGUUUACAAUCUCUAUGCAUGGGUUCCUGGAUUCAUCGGAGAUUAUAAAUAUGAAACUCUUAUUAACAUAUCUGCAGGUGGUAAUAUUACUGUUGAUGAUAUCGUCUAUGAGCCUCCAAGGAAUGGCUCCACACUGUGGGAAAUAGGAAUUCCUGAUCGUGUUGCAUCAGAAUUCUACAUUCCUGAUCCAAAUCCAAAAUAUGUAAACAAGCUUUACCUCAAUCACACUGACAGGUAUAGGCAGUAUGGAUUAUGGGAAAGAUAUGCAGAAUUAUAUCCUGAUGGAGACUUGGUCUUCACAAUUGGCACAAGUAAUUACACAAAAGAUUGGUUUUUCCAACAAGUAACCAGGAAGAUUAAUAACAGCACAUAUGAAGGAACUACAUGGCAAAUCAAGUUCAAGCUUGAUGAAAUUGAUCAGAAUUGGACUUACACAAUACGAUUGGCACUUGCAACAGCAAACAACGCAAAUUUGCAGGUAAAAAUUAAUGAUCUUAAUGGGAAUUCUUCUCUGUUAUCAACUGGAGUGUUUGGCAAGGACAACACAAUUGCAAGACAUGGAAUUCAUGGGCUUUACAGGCUGUUUAAUAUUAGCAUACCAGGAGCUCAGCUCCUGCAGGGAAAUAACACCAUUUUUUUAACGCAAGCAAGCGGUACUAGCCCUUUCGAGGGGAUCAUGUACGAUUACAUUCGUUUUGAAGGCCCUCCGUCUUCUAAUACUAUAAAGAAUACCAGAUUUAGAUAGAUUUUUUUUGGAAUGAUUGCUAUGAUAGAAUUUAAUUUUUU